GUGCCCUAUGAGGGCAUCCAAGAAGCAGCAGCUGCCUGUGUGGUAGGGGACCCCCGUCUCUCAGUACGCGUGUCCCCUGGCCAGCAUGGACAACGGCUCCUGCUGCCUCAUCGAGGGCGACCCCAUUGCCCAGGUGAUGCCCCCGCUGCUGAUCCUGGCCUUUGUGCUUGGGGCCCUGGGCAACGGGCUGGCACUGUGUGGGUUCUGUUUCCACACGAAGACCUGGAAACCCAGCAUCAUUUACCUUUUCAACCUGGCCGUGGCUGACUUCCUCCUCAUGGUCAGCCUGCCCUUCCGGACGGACUACUAUCGCCGGCGCCGCCAGUGGGCCUUCGAGGACAUCCCGUGCCGGCUGGUGCUCUUCCUGCUGGCCAUGAGCCGGGCCGGGAGCAUCGUGUUCCUCACAGUGGUGGCCGUGGACCGGUACUUCAGGGUGGUACACCCGCAUCACGUGGUGAAUGCCAUGUCCAACCGCACGGCAGUCGCCGUGGUCUGUGCCCUGUGGGCACUGGUCGUCCUGGGGACGCUGUACCUGCUGAUGGAGAAUCACUUGUGUGUGCAGGACAAGACAGUUGCCUGUGAGAGCUUCAUCAUGGAGUCAGCCAAUGGUUGGCACGACAUCAUGUUCCAGCUGGAGUUCUUCUUGCCCCUCGGCAUCAUCUUAUUUUGCACCCUCAGGAUAAUCUGGAGCCUGAAGCAACGGCGGCAGCUGGCCCGGCAGGCCCGGAUGAAGAGGGCCACCCGCUUCAUCAUCGUGGUGGCUGUGGUGUUCGUCACCUGCUAUCUGCCCAGUGCGUCGGCUAGGCUGUACUUUCUGUGGACGGUGCCUUCCAGCGCCUGCGACCCCUCGGUGCACGUGGCCCUGCAUGUGACGCUCAGCUUCACCUACAUGAACAGCAUGCUGGACCCCCUGGUGUAUUACUUCUCAAGCCCCUCGUUCCCCAAGUUCUACACCAAGCUCAAAAUCCGGCGUUUGAUAUCCCAGCGCUCCGCACGAGUCCCGACGCGACCGGAGGAAAUGCCCAUUUCCAACCUGUGUCGCGAGGGCGUGGCAAAUGCCUUCCAGAGAACAGCAGAUGUGCGGUUGGGUCUGGAGAUGUGCUGAAUGGCACCGAGGUAAACAGACACGUGGACUCAAGGAGGCAGCUUAGAAAUGAGUCGUUCUAGGGGGGGCUUGGGGGGAGGACAGAGUUUCACAUGCCAGCCUGGCUUAGCGACAGCCUUCUCUCUCUUACUGGAAACUGGGAAACGAAAAGCAGGUCCCGGUGCUUUUUGGGAAGUUUCCGGUUCAGAAGCAAGUUGGAUGCAGGUACAUGGUG